AGGGCUGGGAGGGCUGGUGGCCUACAUAAGCGCCAGGCGGGCACCAGGCGCCCGCCGAGCCGGCAGAUGCGCUUGCGAAGCCAUGAGCAGGCUGACGGGCACCCGGCCCGCGGCCGCCCGCCGCUGGGGCUGCGCCACCACUGCCUUCCUCCUCCUCCUCCUCCUCCUCACCGCACAAGCCGCCCAGAGAGCCGACCUUAGCGGGGACACCACGGCGGCCACCAUCAACCACUCGCUGACGCUGCUGCAGCGGCUGCAGGAGCUGCUGCAGAACGGUAACAGCAGCGACACGGUGCUGCGGGUGCGCACGGCCGCCGCCGAGGAGGCCAAGGUCUUCCACACCCACCAGCUGCUGCUCAGCCUCCAGAGCGAGGUCUUCGAGAGCCUCCUGCGCAACCAGAGCGUCAUCACCCUGCACGAGCCGCCCGAGACUGCCGCGCUCUUCGAGAAGUUCAUCAGGUACCUAUACUGCGGGGGCGUCUCCAUCCUGCUGCACCAGGCCAUCCCCCUGCACCAGCUGGCCAGCAAGUAUCGGGUGUGGGGGCUGCAGCGCGGCGUGGCCGACUACAUGAGGAGCCAUCUGGCCAGCGAGUCGAGCCAGGGCCACGUGGUGACCUGGUACCACUACGCCGUGCGCAUCGGGGACGCGGUGCUGCAGGAGACCUGUCUCCAGUUCCUGGCCUGGAACCUCUCAGCCGUGCUGGGCAGCGCCGAGUGGGGCUCGGUGAGCGUGGAGCUGCUGCUGCUGCUGCUGGAGCGCUCCGACCUGGUGCUGCACAGCGAGCUGGAGCUCUACACCGCCGUGGAGGGCUGGCUGAGCCGCCAGCAGCCCGAUGGGCCCGUGGCCGAGCGGGUGCUCCGCGCCAUCCGCUACCCCAUGAUCGCGCCCAGCCAGCUGUUCCGGCUGCAGGCGCAGUCGGCGGUGCUGGCGCGGCACCGCGCUGCGGUGCAGGACCUGCUGUUCCAGGCGUUCCAGUUCCACGCUGCCUCCCCGCUCCACUUCGCCAAGUACUUUGAUGUCAACUGCAGCAUGUUCCUGCCCCGCAACUACCUCGCGUCCAGCUGGGGCUCCCAGUGGGUCAUCAACAACCCGGCACGAGAUGACCGCAGCACCAGCUUCCAGACGCAGCUGGGUCCCAGCAGCCAUGACGCCGGGAAGCGGGUGACCUGGAACGUCCUCUUCUCGCCGCGCUGGCUGCCCGUCAGCCUGCGCCCCGUCUACUCGGACUCGGUGUCGGGCGCCAUCCAGCCGGUGCGAAUCGAGGACGGUCGCCCCCGGCUCGUCAUCACCCCGGCCACAAGCAGCCCUGACUUUGCCGGCGUCAGCUUCCAGAAGACGGUGCUGGUGGGUGUGCGGCAGCAGGGCCGCGUGGUGGUGAAGCACGUCUACAGCUUCCACCAGAGCUCGGACGAGGCGGCCGACUUCCUCGCCCACGCCGACCUGCAGAAGCGAACCUCCGAGUACCUCAUCGACAACUCCCUGCACCUCCACAUCAUCGUCAAGCCCGUCUACCACUCCCUCAUCAAGGUGAAGAAGUAACGAGGCGGAGGCGGGUCCUGCGGUUGGACUGGCCCCAGCCCCGCAGGGGGCUUGUGUUGGUCCCCCUGCUCGUAGGUAGAUGAUGGGGUCCCUGGGACUGCACCCUCUGCUGCCCGCCCCUCCCUGACUGUCCCCAUCGCUGUCCCUGGGUGUGUGUGGGGACCUGGGGAUGCUGGGAGGCCCCAGCCCCCUGUGGGUGGUGCAGGAGGUGAAACGUGCAGCCCCAUCCCAGGCUCAUAACCCCAAGGAGCAAGGGGAUGAGGACAAGGACAGCCCGGCCCUCCCAUGGUGACACCCCCGUGGCACUGGGGUCCCCAGCAGCACCCCCGGUGCGGCAGCGAGCUGCGUGUGUGCCCAGGCUGGGGAGUGGGCUCUGGGGGGCACUCACCAUGCCCACGGCCACCAGCUGCCCCAGCCCUGCCCCGGCACCCACCCCUUGCCGAAUAAAAGCAGAAAACGAG